UUUUGGGCCUUUGCGCCCCCAUAGCAUGUUUGGAUUUAUUCAGAAUUCUUGAGCAAACAAUUUAUGAUUAGAAGUGUGUGUAUAGUAUGCACAGUCUCCCACGGACAGUCAUUUUCACCUGCUGAACGCCAUGCUCUCAUGAAUCCUCACUAACGUCCCACACCAGUAUGUCGAGAGUUCAAUGAGCAGGGGACCGAAACCAAACUUGUAUUGUCAGGGAUUAGAGUCUAAUUCCCACAAGAGAUGGUUGCCGGGCAACCCGACCAACCCGCUUCUUUUUGCUCCGUGCCUGAAUGCCGUGAAAAUGCAUCCUCCUGCUGCUGAAUGACGUCACCUCCCUCGCUCUGUGUGUCUCCCUCUCUCGCUCUCUCUCUCUCUUUUGUAAACUCCCGUUGGAAGCGAGGAAAGUCCAAAGUCUGGACAGAGCAGCAAAACUACCUUGCACUGAAAGGCAAUACAGGAUAAUUUCUUGCUCCCUACUCGUCGAGCACGGAUCUGUAUUAUAUAAGUUUACUGGGAAGGAAAAUGCAGCAGACUGUCACUCUGAAGGGACCCUCGCCCUGGGGGUUUAGGUUGGUGGGAGGCAAGGAUUUUAGCACACCUUUGACCAUUUCCAGGGUUAAUGAUGGGAGUAAGGCGGCUGUGGCAUGCCUGUACCCUGGUGAUGUUAUUCUUUCUAUCAAUGGGGAAAAUACGGAGAACAUGGCACAUAUGGAAGCACAAAACAAGAUCAAAGCAAGCACGGACCAGCUCUCACUCUCUAUCCGAAGGUCAGAAACCAAGCCUUGGUCUCCAAGUGCGAUAGAAGAUGGAAAAAUAAGCCCUUUCAGAAUUAGUCUUGAGUCAGAACCACAGGACAAUGUAGCAGUUGUAACUGCUCAAAACAGAAAACCAAUGCAGUCCACUGCUGGAAGCAACACGGUCGAUAGCAGGCCUAUCCACAGCAUACAGUACAACAAUCCAGUUGGCCUCUAUUCAAAUAAUAACGAUGAUGUUUUACCAACACACCUCAGUAGCCUGCAGAUUUCUUCACCUACAAGCCCUGAACCAGUGUGCAGUCCAAGAUACAGAAAUGGGUUUGAUACUGAGUCUGAUGUCUACAAGAUGCUACAGGACUAUGAAGAACCUGUCUCACAACCCAAACAGUCUGGUUCUUUCAAAUAUCUACAGGAAAUCUUAGCUGGUCAGAAUGGUGAGAAACCCGAUCGGCCAGUUGGCACAAGAGGCAUAAAAUCUCCAGUAUCUAAACUUGGUGGCGCACUGCCCACUGUACAGAAGCUUCCUCAGUGUACCAGAUGUGAAAAUGGUAUUGUGGGUACAAUCGUCAAAGCUCGUGACAAGCUUUAUCAUCCAGAAUGCUUCAUGUGUAAUGACUGCGGCUUAAACCUCAAACAGAGAGGGUACUUCUUCAUUGAAGAACAACUGUAUUGUGAAACUCAUGCAAAAGAAAGAGUGAAACCUCCUGAAGGCUAUGAUGUUGUGGCAGUAUAUCCCAAUGCUAAAGUUGAGCUUGUGUAACUGUUUUCUUCUAGAUUGUUGCCUGCUAAUUGCAUUCAGAACUGUUCAGAAAUUAUUUUCAUUCAGUUCACAGAUUUAAACGCAGUACUAAUUGCCAUGGUGUGUUCAGCAUUCAUCAGGUUAAACUGCUUUGUAUUCAAUGCUAAGUUGUGGGAAAGGGUUCAAAUACAUAGCAACAUAAUACAUUUUCUGAUAUUGUUUGUGAGAGUCCCUGGUUGUCUUGCUCUUAACAUUUCAAUGCCUGUAAUUUUUUUCUCCAGUAAAAAGUGUUGCAUUUUAAACUUUUUGAAUGUAUUACCAGGCGGAUUAGUAACUUUCAAUACUGUCUGUAGCUCAUUUUGAAACUAGCCUUUCAUUCCACGUUUAAAACUGUGAAGGGCAAAGUAUAAAUGAGUAACACUUUUAAUGCUGAAGUAGUAAUUUUAGAAGCAUAAUUCUCUUUCCGAGAUUCCCAUUUAACAGAAAUUUUCAGAGCAGUUCUGCCACAGAAGUGUCAUCUAUUUUGCUGGAGUGCUUAUUUUAAUUUUUUCCCUUCACAUGUAUACUGGCACAUGCCCAAAAGUUUUUGUUUGUGUCUUUCAGCUUUUCCCGGUUAGGGGUCGCCACAGUGGAACUCCGGUCCGCUAAUGAUUGGCAGUAGAGUUUUACGUGCUGGCUUGCCGGCACAUGCCCAAAGGUAAAGAAGCAAAAACAGAUCUUUCGUAACCUUUGAGCAGCUGCCAUCAGUUUUGGUAUUUUACAUAAUGUACUUUCCUUAAUUCUAUUGUAUCUACACAGUGAAGGCAGGAGAGUGGCACUGAGCUGUGCGAGGUGACAUGACACCCCAAUCCCAUGUAGAAGAAUUGGGAAAGGGUGAUAAUGAUGCUCUAUACAGUGAAUGACAUCCCAAAAACCAGAGCCAAAGGAAAAAUGGUCAAAAUGUUGUCAAGUUAAAGCCUAUACUGAUAAAGCUGGUGGACACAAACUCCAUAGUGGAGUGGCAGCUGUGAGGCUUCUCACUGCCACGGUUUUUAUUAUUCUUACUUUGACAUCACAUGUAUUUUUUUUGUUUGUUUUACUUAACAUGUGUUUAUGUGUGUGUGUGUGUGUGUGUGUGUGUGUGUGUGUGUGUGUGUGUGUGUGUGUGUGUGUGUGUGUUUCCCAGUAUGUAUGUGUAGGGGGAAUGGUGUUUAUGUUUAAAAAACAGCCACUAUCUGGAAUAUUCACCUUCUGUAAUGUUGUUGUCUUUCAGCUUUUCCCGGUUAGGGGUCACGACAGCGGAACUCCGGUCCGCUAAUGAUUGGCAGUUGAUUUUCAUGAACGCCGAGGUACCAGCUUGACGUUCAA